AUGGUCAGCUCCUGUUGUGGCUCUGUCUGCUCUGAGGAGGGCUGUGGCCAAGGCUGCUGCCAGCCCAGCUGCUGCCAGCCCAGCUGCUGCCGCCCCAGCUGUUGUGUGUCCAGCUGCUGCAGACCCCAGUGCUGCCAGUCUGUGUGCUGCCAGCCCACCUGCUGCAGACCCAGCUGCUGCAUUUCUAGCUGCUGCAGGCCUUCCUGCUGCAGACCCAGCUGCUGCAUUUCCAGCUGCUGCAGGCCUUCCUGCUGCCGCCCCAGCUGCUGCAUUUCUAGCUGCUGCAGGCCUUCCUGCUGCAGGCCCAGCUGCUGCAUUUCUAGCUGCUGCAGACCUUCCUGCUGCCGCCCCAGCUGCUGCAUUUCUAGCUGCUGCAGGCCUUCCUGCUGCAGGCCCAGCUGUUGCAUUUCUAGCUGCUGCAGACCUUCCUGCUGCCGCCCCAGCUGCUGCAUUUCUAGCUGCUGCAGACCUUCCUGCUGCAGGCCCAGCUGUUGCAUUUCUAGCUGCUGCCGCCCCAGCUGCUGUUUGUCCAGCUGCUGCAGGCCCCAGUGCUGCAUCUCUAGCUGCUGCCGCCCCAUCUGUUGCCAGACCACCUGCUGCAGGACCACCUGCUGCCGCCCAGCAUGCUCUAGUUGCUCUUGCUGCUGA